GGAGAAGCGGAAGCAGCGAAAAAUGUUUUUGUAGCGAGGAGAUGAGGAUUUCUGUACAUAUGUAGCCUGAUUGUUAUUUAUAUAUGCCUACUUCUAUUGAUCUAAAUAUCUAUGAAUAUUAAAAUCCAGUGUUUUAGUUGAGUUCGUAAGUUUUUCAUCGUUUAGGUGAAGCGAAGUGACAGUAGUAGUAAUGUCGACCAAAAUUAACCCAAGUAAAAGCAAAGAUAACGCAGAAGUGAUCAAAAACUACCACAAGCAAGCGUUUGAGUACAUCUCCCGGGCCUUAAGAAUCGACGAAGAGGACACAGGAGAGAAAGAGGAGGCAGUCCAGUGGUACAAAAGAGGGAUUUCUGAGCUUGAAAAGGGCAUUGCAGUCGAAAUCAAUGCACAAGGGGACCAAUAUGAGAGAGCCAAAAGACUACAAGAUAAAAUGGUCAAUAAUCUCACUAUGGCUAAAGACAGACUGGUCUUAUUAGAAACAACAUUGGCUUCCAAACAACGGAGUGAUUCUCAGAGAACUUCAGCUUCUUUCUUUUCAACUCAGCCAAAACCUGUUCCCAAGAGUCAGCCUCCAUCUCGCUCUGCACUGUCUAAUAUCCGACCAUCAUCGACUGUACGGUCCACAUCCAGAACCAAUGAUUUCAAGGUAACCCCCACCACUGCAAAAUCAAAUGGGAGAACAGCAGCAGUGAAGCAGCCACUAAGGAGGGAUAUGAAAAACUUCAAAAAUGUUGACAGCAAACUGGCAAAUCUGAUCCUCAAUGAAAUCGUAGACAGUGGAGCUACUAUAUCAUUUGAAGACAUUGCAGGACAACAGCUGGCAAAACAAGCACUCCAAGAGAUUGUUAUUCUUCCUGCCUUAAGACCAGAGCUCUUCACUGGGCUGAGAGCACCAGCACGAGGACUGCUUUUAUUUGGGCCACCUGGAAAUGGCAAAACUAUGUUGGCUAAAGCUGUUGCUGCGGAGUCAAACGCAACUUUCUUCAACAUCAGCGCAGCUAGUUUGACCUCUAAAUAUGUUGGUGAGGGUGAGAAGUUAGUUCGAGCCUUGUUUGCUGUCGCCAGGGAGUUACAACCCUCAGUCAUCUUUAUAGAUGAAGUUGACAGUUUGCUGUGUGAGAGGAGAGAAGGGGAACAUGAUGCCAUGAGGCGAUUGAAAACUGAGUUCCUUGUUGAGUUUGAUGGGGUUCAGUCCGGAGGAGACGACCGAGUGCUUGUGAUGGGAGCGACAAACAGGCCACAGGAGCUUGAUGAAGCUGUGCUCAGGCGUUUUGCAAAAAGAGUUUACGUGGCUUUGCCAGACGAAGAGACGCGAGCCCUGUUGCUUCAAAAUCUGUUGUCUAAGCAUGGGAAUCCUUUGACCAAAAGUGAGCUUUCCUAUUUAGCCAAGAAGACUCAAGGUUAUUCAGGGAGUGAUUUGACAUCAUUAGCCAAAGAUGCUGCACUAGGACCAAUUAGGGAGUUGGGACCACAGCAAGUCAGAAAUAUGGCUGCGAGUGAGAUGCGAAACAUUAAGAUGAAAGACUUUGAUGAUUCGCUGAAGCGCAUCAAACCCAGUGUUAGCCCCACGACACUCAACAUGUACUCCAAAUGGAACCAGGAUUAUGGUGACACAACAGCCUUUUGAUCUAAGUAAUUUGUUUCAAAAGAGAGACUAAACUUUUUUCUUCCACACUGGUGCAAACCGCAAAACUGUACAUAUAAUAUAAGGGAGGAUGAGCCUCUUUUGCACUAAAAAAUAGAUCAAUUCAGUUACUUCCUGUUUUAUGGGAAGGCUUACUUACUUACUGCAUUUUAUGAGUCUCUUGACUGUAGUAAAACUAACGAAUAUUUAUUGUUUUCAGAAUUGUCAAAAUCAAAGUUGUAUGUGUUUAAACUGCCUCAAGAGGGCAGUGUAUUUCUGUGAAUACUGGCUUUGUCAUGGUUUUAAACAUGCAUUAACAUAACACAUACACUGUACAUUGAUUACUUGCCUGAUGUAUUAAAAACUAUGGCACAGGCCGUUAAGUGCUCCAAGUAGAAGAGUUGCUUGAUGUGUAUUUGCAUUCUGCAAAUAAUGAACUUUGAUGUGAACGUUUUGCAUUUGCACUUACUUUGUAGACAUACUUUGGCUUGAAAAUAGCAGAUUUUGUUGCCUGACUUCUUUUCCAUAAUGGAUAUAUCAGGCAAGACAAAUACAGGAAAUGAGUGCGGCCUUACUCUCAAUAAACAUGCUUAAAUCAAUAUUACUGUAAAUGUCUUUAAACAAAGAUCAUGAUAGUCACUCCAAUCUAUUUUGAAUUUCCACUUUCUUGAAUGUCAUGGCCAAAAAAAAUAAUCAAAAUUUGGAAAGACUCAGUUCAUUGUUUAUUUGCUGUCAUAUGAAAGUUCUGCACACUAUGUCUUAAAAUGAUUUGGACACUUUGAUUCAUGUGUAAUGCUUUCUCAUGUGCUACAAUAAAUAUAAAGGCCUGGA